AUGAAUAAAAGAUACUUGCAAAAAGCAACAAAAGGAAAACUGCUAAUAAUAAUAUUUGUUGUAACACUGUGGGGGAAAAUAGCAUCUGGGGCAAAUCACAACAAAGCUCAUCAUGUUAAAACUGGAACUUGUGAAGUGGUGGCUCUCCAUCGAUGCUGUAAUAAGAACAAAAUAGAAGAAAGAUCACAGACAGUUAAGUGCUCCUGCUUCCCUGGACAGGUAGCAGGUACCACUCGGGCAGCUCCUUCUUGUGUCGAUGCCUCAAUUGUAGAACAAAAAUGGUGGUGCCAUAUGCAACCAUGUCUUGAAGGGGAGGAAUGCAAAGUUCUCCCAGAUCGAAAAGGAUGGAGCUGUUCAUCUGGGAAUAAAGUGAAAACAACAAGGAAACUAAAAAGCCUUUGGUAUUUGAUCGACCUCUUAAACCUGCAACUUGCUUGCCAUGUAGUUGGAUCACAGCCCAUUAAGAUCCAGUGGCUCAAAGCUGGGAGAGAGCUUAGAUCCUCUGAUAAAUGCAGCUUCAGCUUUGCAAAUGGAACAGCUCUCUUAGAGAUCCAAGCAGUUACUAAAACUGAUUCUGCGGAAUAUGUGUGCAAAGUCAAAAGUGGCAGCGAAAGGUUCAGUUAA